CACAGGCGCAAGCUGUGACACACCUCCUCCUCCAUCACGCACCAACACAGAGCUAUGAGGGAGAGGAGCUGGGUGAUGCAGAUAACAUGAAGGACGGGUGCUCGGCUCCUGGAGGAUCGCAGCAGGUGCGUUAAGGUUUAUUCUGCGCCGCGCGGAGACAGGACAGGCUGCACUAAACCAUCAUGUCCACCGCAUCCCAUCAGUUCUCCGCCGACACGGAUGCCCUGAUACUAAAUCAACAUGACAUGAGAGCCUUAAAGUUCCUUCAAGAUGACCAGAACGCAUCCCCCUGAUAUACUGGCAUCAAAUCUGUACCGGAAUUUCACACUGAGCGACACUACUGGUCACUCCGUUUCUCUUCAUUCCUCAAAGCAAUGUGACUUGAAAAUGCUUGAUAAAUCAGAGAUAAUUAACAAGAGACACUGUCGCAGUUUUGACUUCAUUGAGUCACUUGAUGAUCCACAGUCAUUCUCCUCCUCGAUGGAGCAACACUACAACAGACCUGAACAGCAGACAUUGAAUAAAGAUCUCUGGAAUGCACUGGAUCAGCCGGGCCAUCUUCGAUUUUCAUCUCCAGAUCUUUUCAAUACCAAGCAGUUCCAGCAGCAAACUACUGAAGACAAAACCAGCUAUCUUACAUGGUCAGACUCCAAAAGGAGAUCAAGAUCUAAAAGUGCCCCGAGAUUAAAGACUACCCUCACCCCUGUCCCAAUCUCUGUAUCUCCACCACAGGCCAGGGGUGGAAGGGAUGAAUCUCAGGCUGUUUCAGAUUCCAUGAGGACAGCUGAAACCCACCGAGAACCCACCAGCAGGCCUUUCUUGAACGAGGUGCAUCCUAUUAAACUGCAACCCCACACCCCCCUCUACGUCUCAGACUGUUUUGAACAUGAUAAAGCAGAAAAACCAGCCGUGAGCCCUCAUGUCAGGUGCCGUGUAGACAUCAAACCAGAUGCUGCUGUACUAGAGCACACAUCGAGACAGAUUCCCAAUACACAUGGUGAACAUCUUUGGCAAAGGUAUUCCCAGGCUAGUAGCAGGUCUGGACUCUAUGUCCCACGGCACAUUGCCUCAUCUCCAACACCAACUCCAAGCGAAUGCUACAGUGGAGAUUUUAGACAAGGAUAUCUCUAUACCACCAGCAUAUCUCCUAUUUCCUACCAGCAUUUAGACACACACAGGAUGCCAUCACCAACAACACCAUACCUGAGCCAAGAACACAGAGCGUAUUCAAAUCCUAACAUACCGACAAAGUUUUUCUAUACUGAGGAUGCUGCUCGGCAUCCCAUCCACCCCUAUGCUAGGACAUAUUUUCACGAUGAUCGAUCCAGUCUAACCAGUUUUGGUAGUACGGCGACAAGUCAAUAUGACCCAAGGACACGAUGGGUGCAUACACUUCCUGUGAGGUCAUACUACACAGACCACCUUACCAACCGAGAGGCAGCUCACUCUGUACAUAACAGGCCUUACUCCACAAGUGAGAGAGGUUCUUAUUUUUCUCAAACUCCACUUUCUCGAGCUUAUUAUGGAGAAGAUGGACGGUUUACUCCAUACCACAUGAAUGGCUCAAGGCUUUUUUAUUCUAAACCAUUUUCCUCUCCUGAAGAGCAGUACCUUUCACACAGGCUAUAUAACACAGAGAGUUAUCGACGGCCUCGAUUGUCUCAGGCCUUUUCAGAUGAUUGGUAUCGCUCUAGUAUUUCUGGUUUCUCAAGCCACUCCUCACAGAACACACCACCAAGGGUAAGACAAGACCUUAACAUUCCCCCGUGGUUUACUAACAGCUACACAGAAGCAAGUCGACUCGGAGCAGACAUCAAAAACCACUCCAAGUCUUGGGACAAUAUCAUAUAUCCACGACAUGAACGAGAGCAAGCUGUACCACGUGGACAAAGCUAUGAGAACCUGUUUCACCAAGCAAGACAAGGGACUUCCUCUGAUAUUACAGCUAAACCGGUCAUACUUAACCUUUCAAGUUCACCAAGGCGCUAUGCUGCUCUCUCUCUGUCGGAGAAUUCUUUGGAGAGGAACUCAAACAAAUCAUGGAGAAAUUCUAAGAGUGGACACUGGUUUGUUACUCCAGAGAUCACUAUAACAGACAAUGACCUAUGUUCAGGCAAUGCCAGGCGUCAUGAUGUCCAUUCUGUUCGUUGGGAUACUUCGGAUGGUGAGAAGGCAUCAACCCAGAGGCUAGUAAAUCAAAAGAAGUCACCCAACACUACAGAGAUAACCAAAGAAAAGAAACAUAACAACUUCUCCCUUCAGCAGAGUCUGGAACAACUGGAUGAACUCUUAGCUGAUUUGGUUGUUGACUACAAACCCCCAAUGAGCAAAAAAUCAAGUGAAAACCUUAUAGACCAGUUAAAACAACUGAUCACUGAGGACAAUGACAAAAACAUAGAAUCCCCUGCAUUGGAAAACUUAGAAAGCCUCAGCACUCACCUUCCAUCCUCUAAAUCUAGCCCAGAUACAUUGAAAGACCCAGACAGUGGGUGUGAUGCUUUUCAAAGAAGUGCAGAAGAAUGUUCUCCAGACCACAGCACAGAUGAAGAUGACACAAUGGUGUGCGCUAAUAAGAAGUGCAACAGAAUUGAGAACAUGUUCAAUGCUUGCUUGUACUUCAAAUCCUGCCACAGCUGUUACACCUUUUACUGUUCAAGAAAUUGCCGCAGGGAUGACUGGGAGACCCACAAAGAAACAUGUCUCUAUGGUCGGGUCAGCAGUGUGUGUCGGCAUACUCUUAAGUUCUGCAGAGAGAAUUCAGAGAUCCAUAAGGCCUUUUCUCGCAUUGCUAAAGCUGGCUACCUCUCCAGAGGAAGAGGUGUUCUCUUUUUGGGUUUUGCAAAUCCAGAGACUGCUGAGAACUUCCUGCAAGUUGGGCUGGAAAGCCUCCUCAUGUCUCCUACAUACUUGUCCCUUAGAGAGCUGGAUGGCUUUAAGGAUAACCUAGGUGAAUAUUGCAAGGAACUGCAGCUGGCAGGCAAUGAGUAUGACCCUGAUGAAUGUUUCCUUCUGAAUGUAUCAGUAGCUGUCGGUGAACUAGUGCCUAACAGACCUUCACCGAGGGUCCAAACACCGACAGUUCGAAAAUAUGCAAAGGUGUCUUUGGCCUCCUCCAGUCCAGACAAAAAAGUGCUCAAGAUGGAUAAUGAAAUGGAAACUCUUAUUCUCACGCCCCCUCCAGGAACACCCGACAUCGACAAAGAAGGGGAGGAGGGACGGAAAGCGAGGGAGGUGUGCUUCGUCAACAUCCAGCGUGAACUCAGGACCAGGGGAGUCUUCCUCCGUCACGAGUAUCCCAAAAUCUAUAAUCAGCUGUGUGAGUUUGUAGAGAGUAACAAAAGGUUUACUCCCACAACAAUUUACCCGAUAGAUAAACGAACAGGGAAGCAGUUCAUGUGCAUGAUCAUGGCGGCAUCUGAGCCAAGAACACUGGACUGGCUGGGGACUCCUCAUCUUUUAGACGAUAUUAUAUAGCAUAGCACUAAAUACAGCAAAUAAAUUAUGUCAGCAGCUCUUAAUGUAGAUACUGUGAAUACAUGUGGUGGUUUAGAAAAUUGGAUAUUUGUAUAUGUGUAAAUAUGCAGCUUCAUUUGCUCAUUGUCUCUCCUUCUCUUAUGUUUG